AUGUCUAAUGUCUCAUUUGAUGAAUACAUUGAUACCAUUAAUGCCAUCAAUUCUAUUCAAAACAACAAAGAAUCUGCUCAUACAAAUGGCAAAAACCAUUCAGAUGCUGAUUGUGAAGAUAAAACAGCUUGGUCACAGAACAGUUGUGUUGGUAAGCCAUGUGAUUUCUUAUAUUGGAGCUCAUCUCGAGAAGCUGGCAUUGGCGAAAACAGCAGGCCAACCCAUAAGGAUAAUCAUGACAAGGUGAGGACAGACUUCGUUGAUGUGAUUAAGGUCUGCAGAGCACAACAUAUCAAACUUGUGAUUCAAAUAAUCGAGCAGAACUUACCAAUGAAAGAUGCAGACAUGGGAGAAAUUGCUCUAUUAUGUAAAAGAUUUUUGGUUCACAGGUAUCUUAUAGAACAUGUGGGACAGAUGACAAACAUUCUUGCUAAGAAGUCUAAAACCUUAAAAGAUAAAAUAACUGGAGCCAGCAAGUCUUCCCAAUCAACAGUAAAGCUAAAUAAAUUUCGAACUCCUGUAAAAGAGAAAAAGUCAGCAAAGUAA